AUGUACCUUAGAAAUGUAAACACAUGUGUGAAAUGAAAUAUGUUGCAAUAAGUAAAUGAUACAGCUGUACUCUUCAAAAUGGGGAAAAACAAGGCUAAAGGAAAUUAUGCUGGAUUUUCCAGAGAAGAACUUCUGGUGAUGACAGUAACAGAGGUUGUUAAUCAGUUAAUACAAGCCCAUGAACAGAACAAAGAUGUUAAUUUAAAUAGACUUAAAUGUAAUGUAUCAAGUAAAUAUGGACUACCAAGUCAACCAAGGUUAGUUGAUAUUAUAGCAGCCGUACCACAGCAAUAUAAAAAGGUAUUGGUACCAAAACUUAAAGCCAAACCAAUCAGAACAGCUAGUGGUAUAGCAGUUGUUGCUGUGAUGUGUAAACCUCAUAGAUGUCCACAUAUAGCAAUGACAGGAAACAUUUGUGUAUAUUGUCCAGGAGGUCCAGACUCUGACUUUGAAUACUCCACACAAUCCUACACAGGAUAUGAGCCAACCAGUAUGAGAGCCAUCAGAGCUAGAUAUAAUCCAUAUUUACAGACAAGACACAGGGUUGAUCAGCUGAAACAGCUUGGACACAGUGUAGAUAAAGUAGAGUUUAUUGUUAUGGGUGGUACAUUUAUGAGUUUACAAGAUGAAUACAAAGAUUAUUUUAUCAGAAAUCUCCAUGACGCUCUGUCAGGACACACAAGUAGUACAGUUGAUGAAGCUGUCAGAUAUUCAGAGAAGAGUAUGACAAAGUGUAUUGGUAUCACCAUAGAAACCAGACCUGACUAUUGUUUAAGGAAACACAUCAGUGACAUGUUAAAGUAUGGUUGUACCAGAUUGGAGAUUGGUGUACAGAGUGUCUAUGAAGAUGUAGCUAGGGACACAAAUAGAGGUCAUACUGUUAAAGCAGUUUGUGAGUCAUUUCAGAUGGCAAAGGAUGCUGGGUUUAAAGUUGUAGCUCAUAUGAUGCCUGAUUUACCUAAUGUUGGAUGGGAAAGAGAUAUAGAACAAUUUAUUGAAUUUUUUGAGAAUCCUUCUUUUAGAGCUGAUGGUUUGAAGAUUUAUCCAACACUAGUCAUAAGAGGAACAGGGUUAUAUGAACUUUGGAAGACAGGGCGAUAUAAAAGUUAUCCACCCAGCACACUGGUAGAUCUGGUGGCCAGGAUAUUAGCUCUUGUUCCUCCUUGGACUAGAGUUUAUAGAGUUCAAAGAGAUAUACCUAUGCCAUUGGUUAGUUCUGGGGUUGAACAUGGGAAUUUGAGAGAGUUAGCCUUAGCUAGGAUGAAAGAUCUUGGAACUCAAUGUCGUGAUGUCAGGACAAGAGAAGUUGGUAUACAAGAAAUACAUCAUAAAGUCAGACCUUUUGAGGCUGAAUUAAUCCGGAGAGAUUAUGUGGCCAACAAUGGCUGGGAGACAUUUUUAUCUUAUGAAGAUCCAGAACAAGACAUUUUAAUUGGACUUUUAAGAUUAAGGAAGUGUUCUCCAGAUACCUUUCGGCCAGAGUUAAAAUCAGGCUGUUCUAUUGUACGUGAGCUUCAUGUGUAUGGUAGUGUGGUUCCUGUACAUGCUAGAGAUCCUACCAAAUUUCAACAUCAGGGGUUUGGCAUGUUGUUAAUGGAUGAAGCAGAAAGAAUAGCAAAAGAAGAACAUGGCUCCUGUAAAAUAGUUGUCAUAUCUGGUGUUGGGACAAGGAAUUACUACAGGAAAAUUGGAUAUGAACUAGAAGGACCUUAUAUGACAAAAUCAUUGUGAUAUUGACAGAUGAAUUGUGAUAUAAAAUAUCAAUCUUAUUAAAAUAAGUUCUCAUCACUUGCCCCUCGAUUUUUUAUAUGUUGCCGUGUCACACAGCCACAUAUAAAAAAAUAUGUUGCCGUGUCACACGGCGACAUAUAAAAAAUUGAGGAGCAAGUGCUGAGAACUUUUUUUAAUAAGAUUGAUAAAAUAUUAGCAAACUUUUGGGAAUGGUUGAGCUCUCUAAACUUAUCUAUACAAAUUCCUAUAUGCUUGUUUUAGAAUGUCAGGACCGCAUACUAAAGUAUGCAAGAAAUACUUCUUAUAUUUGAUCCAAGGAAAUUGGCAUCAACAAAAAUUUAUAAAUACGCAGUAUUGUAUUUAUUCAUAUUGAAAUACAUGGACAAUUGUGUGAUGUGUGUGUCAAUUUAAAUAAAAAUGUAUAGUGAUAAAAUCCAGGUCCCCAGCAUCAGAUAUUGAAUUGUUAUUAACUGAGAUGAUAUAUGUCUUUCAUGUCAAAUAUAAGGUUAUUGGUAAUAUGAUUAUAAAACUGUUCAAUGAUAUGUUAUAUAUAAUAAAGUCAUGAAAGGAACAAUUAAACAU